AUGCCACCGGACCAUGGUCGCCUCUAUUUCCUCCUCAUCGUCCUCAUCCUCACCGUGACCGUAAAAUUUCUGGCGACAUCCACCGCCGUUGAGCUCCCAAAGUUUCGAGAAGCACCUGCAUUUCGGAAUGGACGAGGAUGUCCCCGGACCGCGUGGUCCUCACUGGACCAGCACUCCCACUACAAUCCCUCCAUCAUCCACAUCGCCAUGACCUUGGACACCACCUACCUCCGCGGCUCCAUCGCCGGCGUCUUCUCCGUCCUCCAGCACGCCACGUGCCCCGAGAACAUCGUCUUCCACUUCAUCGCCGCCUCGCACCACAAUCGCCGAUCCUCCGACCUCCUCCGCCACAUCAUCACCUCCACCUUCCCCUACCUCACCUUCCACCUCUAUCACUUCGACUCCAACCUGGUGAAGGGCAAGAUCUCCUACUCCGUACGGCGCGCCCUCGACCAGCCCCUGAACUACGCGCGAAUCUACCUCGCCGAUCUUUUACCGUCGGGCGUCCGCCGCAUCAUCUACUUCGACUCCGAUUUGAUCGUCGUCGAUGACGUGGCGAAGCUGUGGAGCAUAAACCUAGGGAGGCGCGUGCUCGGCGCACCGGAGUAUUGCCACGCCAACUUCACCAACUACUUUACCCCGAAAUUCUGGUCAAACGCGGCAUUCGCGGCGUCGUUUAAGGGUCGGAGGGCGUGCUAUUUCAACACGGGGGUGAUGGUGAUCGAUCUGUGGAAAUGGAGGGAGGGAAAGUACACGGAGAAGCUGGAGCACUGGAUGAGGGUGCAGAAACGGUGUCGUAUAUACGAGCUGGGGUCUCUGCCUCCGUUUCUGUUGGUUUUCGCGGGUGACGUGGAGGGAGUGGAGCACAGGUGGAACCAGCACGGGCUUGGCGGUGACAACCUGGAGGGGCUGUGUAGGGACCUCCACCCUGGACCCGUGAGCCUGCUGCAUUGGAGCGGGAAGGGGAAGCCGUGGUUGAGACUGGACUCGAAGCGGCCGUGUCCGUUGGAUAGCUUGUGGGCCCCCUAUGAUCUGUACCGUCAUUCGUCGUUGUUCUCUGAUAGCUGA